AUGAGCCUUUCGCAGCAGAACCACUUGUUGCGAGCAGUCUUGUGUCAACCAUGUAGCUCCAAACGACAGUCUUCCCUCCUUCAACGUACUCUCGAGUCAUUCCAGCCAGAAGAACUGACUCAGUCAUCUUCCGUGGACAGACUUUGUCAGACAGUGACUUGGCUGUGUCAAAUAGUGGACCAACAGGACACUCUAUGGACUACUAUGCACAAGGCGGCCAUAGCCACAGAUCGACAUUUUCUCCAUCUAAUUAUGGAAACACUUCUGGUGCUUGUACGUGAAAACUUCUUCCACGAGGUUCGUUCAAUCCUAGCCAAAGAACGCUUCUCAGAUCUGAAGAUUCUCCUCUUCCUGAUGGCCUGGAAGCACAUAUCUGGACUGAGCAACUGCAAGUCUUUUCUCACUGCCCUGGAUCUGUACCCUCCGAAAGAGGACCCGACCAAAAUGAGGUCCAGAGAUGAUUUCCAGUAUCCGCAGUUGAAUGCGAGGGCACUGUGUAUUAGCAAGCAGGUCCAGUUGAUCGAGUGGUGCACCGGAUUCAGGAAUGAGAAGCAGUCGUGUGAGUUCCUGUCCACAUCUCGCCUGCAGAACUGCACCCCCCUCUACUUGCUCCACUCCCACUCCGACCUCAAACAGAUCACCCCCUCUGACGUCAUCACUCGGCUGGAGGACCAAUACCUCUACAGAUCCCACAAUCCGAGUCAUGACAGUUUUCGCGACGUUCAAACUUACAGGGCCUUCAAUGCUCUCAAAAGCGCGAUCCAAGCUGUCAUUCUCUGUGCAAAACGUCGAUCGAUGCUGUUAGCCGACAAUAAAAACUUUGAGAAUAAAACAAACAAACUGUUCAAUGAUAUCAAUACGUCAGUCAAAAAGAUUGAAGAUCCUUUGGCGUUGAUAGAAGUACUAGAAAAUUUAUAUUCUCUCAUUUUUUUGAAGUAUUUUGACUUGGAAAACAUUCGGCCAGUUCCCCAAAACCAUACUGGAAGCUUUAUGGACGGCACUGAUACCAAAUUUGGCGCUCUAAUUCGGUCCAUGGAAAUUGAGGAUUCGUUCAACACGAUGAGUCACGAAGGUGAUGUAUUGGAGGAGAAAGGUCACUCAAACUCGGCUUCUACUCGCGGUGCAGCUAGCUCAUUUGCCGCUACGGGUUAUCCUGAGAGAACUCAAACUGAAGAUGGCGAACCCACUAAGGAGUCCUCUCGCUACGUUGUGAACACUUAUUUUGUUCAUUCAAUGCUCAAAUUCCUCAAACAUAACUGCAAAACUCUCCACGAUAAAACCUCACAACUAAUGCCUGAUAAUUUAAUCAAGAGGACGGAAUUGUUCGAGAAUGUUCUGGAAGAAGCGGAGACGAGGUUCAGAAUAGUGACAACUGUUGGAUUGGAGGAGAAGUUGCCUUCGAGUGGGGAGUGGGGCGACCUAAUUUGUAGAUAUCCAGACAAAAUCAACACUCGUGACAUCGGGGACCUGAGUGAGUUGAUCUCCUCUCCCGGUGCCUUUGAGGCCUCCUGUGUGGAACAGAUGCUGGGGGACCCAGUGUCCCUUCUGUUCAACUGUCUGUGGAGAAAAGACUUCGAAUUGGCAGACAACAUCAGACAGAGGUACAAUAUAAGUGUCUCAGAAGUGGAGAAAUUUGUGGCCAUAGAAGUGGGCUAUGACCAACUAUGGCGCAAAGUGACAGAGUGUGGGGACAAGGAGGCAGGUGGCGAGGGGGGCAGAGGAGGUGGCGGGGGAGGGGGUGUGAGGAGACAGAGGGGAGGUGCAUUCACUAUCGCAGAAGAAGAUGAAGAUAGAGGGGGGAACCAUGAUGAGGCUGAGGGGCUCGAAAUCGUUGACAGGUCUGCUUCGUUUCUGCAGCGCCUCACGAGUAAAGCUCAAAGUGGCAUUGGGAACAUGAACAUCCCGCAACUCCUCGAGAACUUCUUCGACUCGUUCAAACUUCCCGACUUCUCCUCAAUUCUCAGCCCUGAAGCGCAAACUGCCUUCACCAAAUUCAUACUACCCUCAAACUACAUCGAACUUAUGCUUAAAUUUGACAUAGCUUGUUCAUGCCCAUUGCCUAUUAGCGUUUUGAGAACUAUAAUUGAAGAGAACUUUGGUCUGGUGAGUUCGUUUCUGGAGGUCAAUGAGCCGAAAAGAGAAUUGGGCGAAAUUGGUGGAUUUCAGUAUGCGAUCGUAACACUGAAUGAUAUGCUGAAAACAGAAGCAUGUGAAGAAAGGAACUUCAUUAAAAUGUUGGCCAGCACAACAUUGCCUCUUGCGGCCAGCUCAUAUGACCAGUUUGAAAAUCUAAUCGAGAGUCAAAAACGAGCUAGAAGAGAAUUGAUGCGAGUGCUGGAAUCUACUCAUAAAGACUUAAAAGCCGACGCCUCAUCGAGCCAACAGAGAUCAGCAACAGCGUUGUCUCAGAGUCAGCGCAGUUUGGGAAAAGGGGGAAAGGGCAGCAAAGGAGCCAAAAUUGAGCCAAGCGUGGAAAUAGCAGAACAACAAGCAAUUGCGAAACGUCUAGAAAAGGAAAAUGCCAUGAGAGAUAUAUUACAUGCGGCGAUGAAAGAUUACCUUCGUGCAUUCUCUCAGCCAGACCCCAUUCUGAAGGACCUCUACAAAUCGUGCACUGAGAAGGAAAUAGCCUUCGCCCGCGAACCUCCAAAACGAACAUACUUUCUUGACGUUUUCUACGAAUACAUCAAAAGUUUCGCUCAAAAUUUGAUCCAACUGGAAUCUAAUGCCGCGCCUUCGGAGCCUUGGUCAUUUAAAACAUCGUCCGAAACAAGACUUGCGAUCAAAAAAUUAUCAAUUUGCCCUUUUACGUUACUGACCUAUAGUCCAACGGAACUGAUUUGUGACUUGGUUUUCGAGAAGCAAAUUCCGCUGAAGUCGUUAGAAGAUCUUUGCGACAAGCUUCAUAUUAACUUGUCCGAGAUCGUCUGCAACCGACUCCUCGUAUCUUUGCCAUGGCGCUGCCUCACCUUGUCUUACAACACAGAUUCAGUGAUGUCCUGUUCUCAUAAGGCGUUGAAUUUGAACCCGAUGGCUCCGCCCCUUCCAGACACUAUUUCACACUUGAGUAGUCACGUGUCGUCUGACAUGACAGGUGAAUCUGACGGACAGAAAGUGAUGAAAAAGUCUCCCAAUGAAGUGCUGGAGGAUAUUCUGAUGAAGUUGAUUCUCUUCUUCGACGACUGUUGCAACAGUUCCAGUCUGGUCAAGGGUGAAGAUCUUCUUAUCUUCUGUGAUAGUUACGACUUAGAGGCCAUCUUAGAAGACACAGCGCAAUUGGAGGGACUAGACUUGAAGGAGAUCCAAAGUGAUGGCAACAUGUUUGCAUUCUGCUGUAAUCUGUACAAUCUCAUGUUCCUGCAUGGAGCUAUUUUGGAGGCUAAAGCUCACAAGUUUUUAAAAGACAACAUGGGUCUCACUUGUCUAAUUGGUGGAUCGCCUCUGGAAAAACUGGCCUUCCAGCUUCGCUUAUCUUACACUGUGGGGGACUGCAAAAACAUAACUCUUUGGCAAUUGCGUAACUGCAUAUUACGUCAUAACAAAAAACCUAUCGGCCAAGUGCACUUCGGUCAAGCGUUCUAUGAAGUGCUGAAGUCGCAGGCGAAAUUACUGACUGAGUUCGCUUCGUUUGAUUUCUCGAAAUUUGACGAGACGUUUUUGCUAAUUGACGGAACUGUGUCUUCCCCUGUUUUGCAGGUGAUAAAAGGAAUGUCAAUUGAGAGUCAGAUGGAAGAAGGUGAAAGUCAUUGGAUCCAGAACCAGGUCAAGAUCACCAAAACAGGCCUCACAACUCCACAGCUACUGCACGAGUUUCUUUUCGAUAAAUACGAAGCCGAUUUCAUUACCCAAAAUGGGGCCAAAAAUAACAAUUUAUCCUCAAAUUGGCCUGUUUUGCUCAAGUUUUUACCGAAAUAUCUCGACGAUGAUGAUGCUAAAAGCUUACAAGAAAUUUACUCUAAAGGAUUCUUGAAUGUCCACGUUUUAAAUAACGAAGAAGAAAACAAAGUUUUUGAAGUUCAGUAUGAUUUCAAUACUGUCGCUGACUUCUCUAAUUUCGAAACGAUUACUGCAAAUUCUUUAAACGAACCCGGGUUUGUUGACGGUAUGUUAGCCUGUGAGAAAACGGACCGAAUCUCGUGCCGAACAUACCCCUUGCACAGCGCGACUGGAAUUAAGCAGUUUUUACAUAGUAAAAACCCACUACAAGCUACUUUGAUUGAGCUUAUACAUCAAGUAACGGAUACUUGUAACGAGUCGUAUGAAAUUGCCGACGAUAAGAAACGAGACCGAUCUAUCUCCAUGAGUUCUCGGAAAUUAACCUUUACUUUAACAGCCGGAGCCAAUUCGCCAAACUCUAUUAAUCGGGACUCAACCCUUGACCAUCUCAAAUUGAUUCGAGAUACUGUGUCUUCGAAAUUUUCUUUUAACUACCCAGCCUUGAAAACUUGGUCGAAGAAAAUUUUAAAACCUUUCGAAGAAUUUUACAAUUCUACGGAUGCCGGUUUCGGAAAGCAUGAAAAUUAUUUGUCCCUUUUAAAUGAACACGGGCUUAUAAGCGGCGCUAAAUGUCCAAAAGUUGUCAAAAAAUGCUUAGCGUAUUUGGAACAAAUUUUAAAAAGCGAUGCUCCAGUUUUUGAGUUAUGUCCCAAAAUCGAGCUGCUGUUGUCGUUGUUGGCUCAAGAACCUGUAAAUUUGAGCCGAUUUCAACCCCUGUUCGAUUUAAUAGCUUGCGUUCAAUCUUCUGCGGACCCGGAAAAGAUUUACAAGAUUAAAAACCCGACUACUAGAGCUUUGUUUCUCACUGAAAAUGUCCAAAAGUUCAAAAUCAACAAUGCUGUGGCCAUUUUGAACUGCAUUAAUCGAGAUAAAAAUAUCGAAAGUGGAAAAUUGAAACAAACUGUUUCAUUUCUCUUCAAAAAAGUGUCGCUUUUGGAAAAAAUUUUGUCAAUUUUCCCUGACGAAAGUGUUGAUACCACAGCAUUGGAAUGGAAGUAUGCGCAAUCUAAGUUCGACGAGGGUUCUCAUAAAGACAUCAUUGACAAACUUUGUGUCGAGAAGUCAAAGUUCACACUUGCGAUGAAAUGGAUUGCUCUGAAUCCGAGCGUUCCGAUUGAAGUUCAGCAAAAAGCCGAGUUCAUGUCGCUGCAAAACUCUUCGCGACACGGAGAGGUCUUCAAGCUUAUUUCACACCUUUGCUCUUUCAAGUUCCCGAAGGCAAACAUUUUCAGCAUUUCCCAACAAAUGAUCCAAACAUGCGAUACAACCUCAGCAACAAUAAUUGUCAGCUUCCUAUUGGCAAAAAAUUUGACUUGUGAAAAUACAAUGUGGACGUUUUCAGAGGAGGAGCUUUCAAUUCUAAGAAAUCAGUACCUGUCUUUGAUUAUAAUCAGCCAAAUUACUGACAAUGUCCGAGAAAAAUACUUGCAUAUAAUCAAAUCUCCAGUUCUUGUUAUGCACCAAAUGUUGAUGAAUUGUGAAAUUCAGGCUCUUAAGUUGGGCUUCGAUAAGUUGGAAGUUAUUUACGAAUCCGAAACUUUAAUGGAAUCCAGGCUUCUUACCCGAAGUUUCAUGGUUAGCUAUUCGAUUGAAAGUCUCCAAGAGCAAAUUCCUCGAUAUGCUAAACUUGCGGUGAAAACUGAGAACUUCAUUUUGGCGAGAAAUCAAAUUUUGAAACCAAAGUUAAUCAAAUUAGGCGAUGACGUAUCUGAAUCGGUUACUAAUAUCGAUAACCAAUCACUUACUGCGAGCAUGAUGGGUGACGAUAAAGCAAGUUUAGCAGGGGGAAGUUCAAUUGCUGUAAAUGCUCUCUUAGCCGACGACGGUCCCAAGAGUAAUGCCAAUGACUCGAAGUGUUAUAUUUGUAACACUGUUUUUGGCUAUUUGAUGCAGCGCAAAAAUAAAUGCAAAAUUUGUCAGCGAUUUGCUUGUAGCAGAUGUGGGGAGUCUGUGGAAGUUAAGGGAUCCUACAUUUGGCAAUGUGAGAACUGCAAGCAGAAAGGAGGCCAAGCAGAACCAUCGAAAGACGACAAAAGAGUUGCAGAGAAAAAGAAACGGUUGUUCGAAACUAACAUCUUCGAUGGAACGCAGACUGCUAUGACUCCACUGUGGAAACUUCCAAAGGAACUGGAAGAUGCCCAUGACGUCAUCGAGGAGUUCUUCUACUCCAACGCGCCUUCCCUGCCUCUACUUGACAGCAUUUUGGACCUUCAUUUUGACCAAAUAGAAGUUGUCCAGCUACUGUGUGAUCAAGUGGCUGUGUUUUCCUCGCAACUCGUCGAAACUUUUAACCGAUCGAAAGGGAGAUCGGCGUCUCAUUUGGACGGCAAGUUGAUCCUGUUUGAGCAGACGCUGAUUUCGAGCCUGAUGAAGAAAUUAUUAGAAGGUGCAGAAUUGAGACUGAAAAAUGCAAGUGAGGAUGAAAAUUGCGAGGUUCGAAGACCCUCUUUCACUCAAAAUUCAUCCGGAGGAGGGCCCAGUCGGGUGAAAAAAGGUUCAGUUGGCCGACGACAGUCGAGUGUGAGUUUGACCACUAUCAAUUUCCCAGAUGCGGAGAAAAGAGUCCUCGAGCUGAAGUGUGCAGUAGAAGUGUUGGACAUGCUGAUUGAAAUAAAGUUUGACCCCCUUCCGGAUGUAAACAAGAUGCUGGCACCGAACUACUCCAGCGAGCUCAUCAGCAGUCUGUUGCGCCGUGACGAGUUCAAGACUGCCCUGGAUAUCUGCCAGAGGAUAGGCUGUGAGGCCCGUUCAGUGCACCGGUCGCUGGGACUGGCAGCUAUGAGGAACGGGUCCCUGAUAGAAGCCAGGACUUGUUUCAAGAAAUGUCUAGAACAAAAGCAGUCUGUGAAAAAUGAGUCACUGGUUGAUGAGAUUGUGUGUCUGAUUGAGUCCAGUUGCGUGCCGCCGCCUCCCUUCACAUUCGGAUCCUUCGAGAACUUCUUUGAUCACAUGGACGAGGAGCUGAUUUCUGAUAAACCGCUGAUUAUGAGCAAAUGUGAAAAACGCGUUGAAUGCGUGUACUACAUUAAAAACUUCCUCCCCCCUCGAUCGCUGGUUUCAUUCUACACUCUUAGACGCGACUUGAGAUCCGCAGUUGACACAUUUGUCCAAGAUGACCAAAAUAUCCUAACGGCUGAACACUUUUCAAGUGCCCUGUUCAAAACGGUCAUUGACCUUGGAGAAAAGGAUGAUGGAACUCUGUAUGUGGAGGAGUUGCUGCGUGAAAUGAAGAGCAAAGAGACAUCUGUUCACACGUGGAGAAAGUUUUUGGUGCCUAUUGGUGUGAGCGGCGGAGUUUAUAGCAGCAGGGUCCUAUAUCAAGUGCACGUCUUUCUGCAGGACUUUGUGCGAGCGAUUGAAGACUGCGUUGACUUGUUGGGAUAUUUGGAUGCGGAUAAUUAUGAAGAGCUACUGGAAAAAGAGCAGAAAGUGUUAACAGAUUACAGCAACUGCCUCACCGAAGCCAUUUCACAUGCCAAGGUCAACUUCAAGUUAGAAGGCAACAAAUAUCUACCGCAAAAUGAGCUCAAUGAAUGCCUUCUGAAGCUAAAUCUUCAUAAGGAACUUGGCGUGUUUCUUGUUGCAUCUGAGCAAAUCAAGUUCCCAGAUAUCCCUCCAUCGUCAACUCCAGUAGAACCAAGCAGAGCCGGAAAAAAGGCAGAGAAGCUGCCCAAAUUGUUGGCUGGAACCUCGUCGGCUGUCAAGAUCUGCUGUGGGCUUCUGAUUGAGUUCCAAAGUGGACGUGGAUUUGACUUAGCUACUAAUAUUUUGAAGGUGUUCCGGUUGAAUCAGGACGACAUUGGCGAUGUAGUAGCGAAAGAACUCUUCCUAGCAUCCCGGUUCCGAUCUAUGAUUUACCUGGCGUCCAGUCUAAACGAGAAGGCAGACCCUUUUCUGAGCAAGUUCUCCGACACUUUUUUGACGCAGUGUGUGAAGCAUUAUUUGGACAAGGCAACCACGACAGAAGCUGACGAAUCAGAGGAGGAGGAAGUGAAGAGGCUGAUCGAGAAAAUCGAAGAUAUCGAUUUGCGAGUGGACUGCUUUGUGAAAAUGGGAGAAAUGCGACUGGCCUAUUUCUGCGUUGCCAAAAGGGGCCGGGCAGGGGUGCCAAAAAUGAGAGAACUGCUCGAUCUGGGCAAAAGUGGGCUGCUUCAAAACUGCGAUGAUUUAGUGCCUAUUAUUGAACGCUGGCUCAAACAGAAUUCAUCCGCUCUUUCUGGCGCCACUUUGGAAAAAUUAUUUUAAUAGUAUUUUACAAUGAGUGUUUAAGUAUUUUAGUUAAGUAUUUUAAAUCCCUAAUAACUUAAAAUUUUAAUUUAUGUAUAUCUUGAGUAAUCA